UCUCUCGCCCUAUUUGGAGCCGGCCGUCCCAGGAGGACGUCCGGCCGCUCGCAGCCCCCUUAAAAUAGCCUGGGCUGGGCCGUGGGGAUCCGCGAUGGCGGCUGCGCGCCACCCCCCCACGCGCUUCCACGGGGUCCACGGGGCCCACGUGUGCCUGGACGCCUCCCGCACGCGGGCCACCCGCGUGGAGAGCUUCGCCCACGGGCUGUGCUUCAGCCAUCGGCCGCUGGAGCCCGGCCAGCUCUUCCUGGUGGAGAUCGAGGAGAAGGAGUCGGGCUGGUGCGGCCACCUGCGCGUGGGGCUGACCGCCCACGACCCCCGCGGCCUGCCCGCCGUGCCCGAGUACUCGCUCCCCGACCUGGUCAAGCUGGGCGACAGCUGGGUCUUCGCCAUCACCCGCAACCACAACCGCGUGAGCGAGGCGCCGGCCGGCGGGCGGGGGCUCCUCGGCGGCCCCCACCUGCUGAUCGAUCAAGUCCGCAUCCCCCGCGACAAGCUGGUGGGCCGGAGCCGCCCGGGCCGCUACAGCCACAUCCUGGACGAGCUGUACAAAGGCAACGUGCUGCCGCCCACGGCCCGCAAGAGCCGCAUCGGGGUGCUGUUCACGCUGCAGCCGGACGGGACGGCCCAGAUGCACAUCGUCAUCAAUGGGGAAGACAUGGGGCCCAGUGCCAGGGGUCUGCCCGGCUCCCGACCCCUCUAUGCUGUGAUUGACAUCUUUGCUUCCACCAAGAGCGUCCGAAUCAUCCAGGUGGAAUACGGCUUGCCCUCCCUGCAGACUCUCUGCCGCACGGCCAUCCAGAAACACAUCAGCCACCGCCUGGCCAUUGACGGGCUAAACCUGCCUCCGCUGCUAAGGGACCUCUGCAAAUAUGAAUGAAGCACCUGGCCCAGCACACCUGCCUCACCUGUCCGACGGGUCUUUCCGGACGGUUCUGCAAAUGCCUAAGUAGAAGCAGCCGGUUCAAGCAAUGGGAAGCCUCCGCUGGGGCGCUCCCAAAUGAACUGGGGAACCUCUCCUGCCCAAGGAGCAGCCCGGAAGGUGCCACACGAGGGCAGUGCCCCGUUGUGGUCAGGAUGAGAAUUUCCCGCAUAUAAAUCUGACCAGGAUCCGAGACAGUCACGAGUGUUCAAUAAAAAUAGUCUCAAGGAAAGGAUA